CAAUGGGGCGCGCUCCGCCGCGCCCCGCCCGCGCAGCUGAGGGCCGAGUGGGCGCGCGCCGCAGGCCGAGCCCUGAGAGACGCCGCCGCCGCCCGCUCCCCUCAGCGCCGCCGCGAUGGCUGAGGCUGACAUUGCUUUGAUUGGACUGGCUGUGAUGGGUCAAAACCUUAUUUUGAAUAUGAACGACCAUGGUUUCGUGGUUUGUGCUUUUAACAGGACGGUUUCCAAAGUGGAUGACUUUCUGGCCAAUGAGGCAAAGGGAACCAAAGUGAUUGGUGCUCACAGCCUGGAAGAGAUGGUCUCUAAGUUAAAGAAGCCCCGUCGCAUUAUCUUGCUGGUGAAGGCUGGAAAUGCAGUGGAUGACUUCAUCAAUAAAUUGGUACCAUUGUUGGAGACUGGAGACAUCAUAAUUGAUGGUGGGAAUUCUGAGUAUAGAGAUACCACGAGACGUUGUAAGGAACUACAGGAAAAGGGCAUCUUGUUUGUCGGAAGCGGUGUUAGUGGUGGAGAGGAGGGUGCCAGAUAUGGUCCUUCACUCAUGCCAGGAGGAGCCAAAGAAGCCUGGCCCCACAUCAAGACCAUAUUUCAAAGCAUUGCUGCUAAAGUGGGAUCUGGGGAACCUUGUUGUGACUGGGUAGGAGAUGAGGGUGCUGGACACUUUGUGAAGAUGGUGCACAAUGGGAUUGAGUAUGGAGACAUGCAGCUGAUCUGUGAGGCCUAUCAUCUGAUGAAAGAUGUGGUGGGCAUGGAGCAUGAUGAGAUGUCAAAGGUAUUUCAGGAAUGGAAUAAGACAGAGUUGGAUUCUUUCCUGAUUGAAAUCACAGCCAAUAUUCUCAAAUUCAAAGACAGCGAUGGCAAAUACCUCCUCCCAAAGAUCAAGGACAGCGCAGGACAAAAAGGCACAGGAAAGUGGACAGCCAUUUCAGCCCUGGAAUAUGGAGUCCCUGUCACACUCAUAGGUGAAGCUGUGUUUGCACGGUGUCUGUCUUCCCUCAAGGAUGAGAGAGUACAGGCCAGUAAGCUGCUGGAUGGGCCUAAAAUGACUCAGUUCAGUGGGAACAAGAAAGCUUUUCUGGAGGACAUACGCAAGGCCCUGUAUGCUUCCAAGAUUAUUUCAUAUGCUCAAGGCUUCAUGCUGCUGAGACAAGCAGCCAAAGAAUUUGGCUGGACACUGAAUUAUGGUGGCAUUGCACUAAUGUGGAGGGGAGGCUGCAUCAUCAGAAGUGUGUUCCUGGGAAAAAUCAAAGAUGCUUUUGAUCGAAACCCUGAGCUCCAGAAUUUGCUGUUGGAUGAUUUCUUUAAGACAGCUGUUGAAAACUGUCAGGACUCCUGGCGACGUGUAAUCAGUACUGGAGUACAGAUUGGUAUCCCUAUGCCCUGCUUCACUACAGCACUUUCAUUUUAUGAUGGAUACAGGCAUGAAAUAUUACCAGCUAACCUGAUUCAGGCUCAGCGUGAUUACUUUGGUGCACAUACAUAUGAAUUAUUAUCGAAGCCAGGUGUAUUUAUCCAUACUAACUGGACAGGCCAUGGAGGAAAUGUGUCCUCUUCUGCCUACAAUGUCUAAUGGAAGUAUUUCCUCUUGAAGCCAAGAUACUGUAGAUCUCAGAUAUUCUUCCUAGAAUACCACUUUUUACUGUACUGUGCUAGAACUUGUGUUGGGACACUUUUGUAAUAACUUGUGGGUAUAUUUCUUAUAUAUAUAUCUCAAUAUAUAUAUAUCAUAUAAGAAAGCUAAAUAAAUUUGCUUAUAAAGGCAUUGAGGUGUUUUCUUUCCACUGCUGCUGGCCAAAACUGGCUAAAAUGUCUUUGUGCGGUAUUUAACAGUAUACAUUUUAAAAUGAUAUUUUUAUUGUAUUAUAGUGCAUAAACUCAUAGAGAUCAAGAUAGAGAUGACUGCAUUUCAAUAAUUGCUAAAGUGGAGAAUGGCAGACAGUCAGCACAGUAAAGCUACACAAGAUUCCAGGGAGCUCACCUCGCCCGGACACACGCAUUAACUCCCGAUCGAGGGACGAUCUUUCAUGGUGGGUCCAGAACCCUCAUGUAAGGUGUUCGAACAGGACGGGUGCUGUCAUCACCGCUUAAAACCAGAUCGUGCCCACGUCAGCAGCUUCAAGGAGGCUGAAGGCUGCGGUUCACUACACGGUUGGCUGCCUGUGUCAGGAUGUUGCAGAAAAGAGAGAGGUGCAAUUCAGCAAACAAACCAUUGCAGCUAUUUCAGAGAUCACCUUCAGGCAGUGCGGCAUGCAAAACGAAGCACAGUCACUACAGAGGAUGUGAAGCUUUUGGCUAGAAGGAGCAAUUCUUUGCUGAAGUACAUCACCCAGAAGAGUGACGAGCUCACAUCAAGUAACAUGGAACAAAAGGAGAAGAAGAAAAAGAAGUCCAGUGCAGCUAAGGGAGGGAGAACUUCUGGGGAACAAGUCACUGUGACUGAAAGUGAAGAUUCCAACAUGGCAUGAUUUACCUUUCAAGUAAUGUCUCUGGUCAUUCUUCUCUUAUUGUCCUAGAGGAACCAAAGUUAGCCUAUUAGAGAUUCCUCUUGCACGCUAGCAACACUAAUGAAUCUUUGGGUUUUUAAGUGAACACAAUUAGUUGGAUUUUUUUGUUCCAGAAAUGAAAGAUCUGUCAGAAUUCAGUAAAGCUUACAGCCAAAAUGCCUUAAUUGCUCACAAAAAGCUAUGUUUACUGUUAUUAAAAAGAAAAUCCUUUAAAUAAAGAGUUUAAAGCAGAA